UGUCAUUUUCAGUUUGCUAACAAGAAAGACGGUACCUAUAUGGUGUGUUUAAGACAAAAUUUUAUCUAAAUUUAAUAAAAAAUAUCUUCUUUACUCAUCAAUAUACAAAAUGGGAGUUUGGCCAGAAGUAACAACUGUGAAAAAUGAGAACAGACAUGAAAUUAAGCUAUCUGGCGCGUCAAUAUCACAACGAAUAUCCGAAGAAGGUUUAGACAACAAUUUGUUCCAAUUAACCAAUUUAAACCUGCUAAAUAUUAGUGAUACGUGCCUCACGAUUAUUCCUGAUGAUAUAAAGAGGUUAGUUAACCUACAAUCACUGUUAUUAUUCGGAAACAAACUGCAAGAAUUUAACGAAAAUAUAACCUCUUUACCAAAAUUAAAGGUGCUCGAUUUGUCCAGAAACGAAAUUAAAAGUAUCCCAGACGGUCUGAAUAAGAUGAAAGAAUUGACAAGCAUCAAUUUCAGUUCGAACCAAAUUGAAGCUAUGCCGAAAUUUGUCGAUUUUCCCAACUUAAUUAUAGUUGAUGUGUCUAAUAAUAAAUUAACCGAGUUUAUAGAUCUGGAAGGCGCUCAUUUGCCUCAUUUGACGGAUCUUAAGCUGAAAGGCAACGCUAUUGAGACAAUCCCGAGCUAUUUGCCACAAAGUUUGCCAUCACUGAAGAACUAUGAUAUGGGUGAUAACAAAAUCAAAAUUGUCCCAGGAGAACUUGCUAAUCUGCAAAAAUUAAAAGAACUAAACCUCAAAGGCAACAAGCUUGCUGACAAGCGUCUCAUGAAACUAGUCGACCAGUGCCGCACUAAGCAAGUGCUAGAUUAUGUCAGGGAACACUGUCCGAGGAGUGAUUCUCAAGCCCAGACAAAAGGAAAAGGAAAAAAGGGCUCCAAAAAACAAGAAGACACACCAAUCGAAGAAGCUGUCUGUGAUCUAAGCCAUUCAAUGAAGAUUCUAUAUGUCGAAGAUAAUAUCCCUAACGUACAAAUCAUAGAAUCUCAAGUUGGCGCUGUCCGUCCGUACAUACUGUGUUGUAUUGUUAAUGAUUUGAGCUUUACCGAGGCGUCUUUUAAGAAGUUCAUUCAGAUGCAGACGAAACUCCAUGACACGGUGUGCGAGAAGAGGAAUGUUGCCACUAUAGCCACACAUGACUUAAAGAAAAUUGCACCUGGAAACCUAACCUACACAGCCAAGCCCCCAAACGUCCUCAAGCUGGUACCACUCGGACGCUCCAAGCCGUUCACUGGUGAACAACUGUUGCAACAACUGGUGGCGGAGGCAGAGGCGCUCAGAAAGGAGAAGAAGAGGAAUGUGUACUCGGGGAUACAUAAGUAUUUAUACCUACUGGAGGGCAAGCCAAAGUACCCAUGCCUGCAGGACUCCAAAGGGGAGGUCAUCAGCUUCCCGCCCAUCACCAACUCGGAAAUCACCAAGAUGUCGCAUGAGAGCACAAGCAUGUUCGUGGAAGUGACUUCCCACGCGUCCCUCGGCUCCUGCAAGACUGUCCUCGACAAGUUCCUGCUGGAGACGCUGCUGCUGGGACAGGCUAGUCAGGAACAAAGCUACCACACGUUGAACGUACAACAGGUAAAAAUAGUAGACACAGAAGGCAACCUGAAGAGCGUGUACCCGUCGCGCACGGACUGCGUGUACGAGGACGCGGCCAACGUCAAAGUGUUCCGGCUGCCUAAGAAAUAAACUGUGGCAAAACCACGCACUGCCGUUUUCUUUGAUUUAAAAAGUUUGGAUUUGUUAUUUUUGUGUAGCUUCUGUUCAUCGUGAGAAUUAAGAGGUUUCCACAACGACCUGAACUUAUAAAGCUACAAAUGACAUCUGUAAAAUUGUAAUUUGUAGUUUUAUGAAAUGGGGACCUGAAUGUUGCUUAAAGCCCGACCAGAAAUAUAUGACCAUUGUCAAGAGGGCGCUGUUAUUCUCAUGUAUAGGGUGACAGUUCAGUUCAGUAUGAAAAAUUUAGUUCCAAUGAAAUUCCGCAAUAUGGCGCGUGAUCAUAUAUUACUGGUCAGGCUUUACAAACAUUGCUCUUUUGAUUUCUGAGAAUGCUGGAAAGCCUAUUUUGGUAAGGUACUGUAAAUUUUUUAUUCUCCUAACCCAGCCAUACAGCAAAAAAAAAUAGUGAAAUUUGAACGCAUAGUGAAGAAAUAAAGUUUGAUUUUGUUUUGUUCGAAAAUCGAAAGAAACAGAAAGCAUCUCUGUUCCUAUUGCGAAUGAUUUCAAUUUCAUCGAACUUGAUAAGUCCUAUGUGAAGGACCUUUGGGGCUUGGGAGUUUAAGCCAAGUCUUGAAAUAACAUCCAACCUAAAAUUGGUUUUCUUUCAUUUUCAGAAGUAUUAAAAAAGUAGUGUUCGAAAGUAAAGCUCUGGGGGGGGGGGCUUUUAUAUGAUAAUGAUUCACUUACAUGUUUGCAACUAGACUAAUUUUGAGAGGAUCUUGGUAUUCUUGGUGUAUUAGUUCUUAUAGAUCUGAAUUUUAACAGUUUUAACAUUAGCAUUUCCAAAUUCUGAUUUCAAAUGAAUGUAUUGCGAGUUCUUUUAUUAAUGGUAAAAGUGAAAAGGUGUUCAUGCCACACAGUAUUUUGUUGUUGACGUUAUUGUAGAGAGCUAGGCUAGAGAAUGGAAUUCCUUCCUUGACGAUUUAAAAAGAAAAUUGCAGUGUGUACCCAGUUUUUAUCUUUGUCAUUUCCUUUCCGAGAGAUUGUGAUUUUUUUUUUACUUGUUUUUCUUUUUAUUUGUUUUCUAAGUUAUUUUGUUUCUGAGGUGCUUGUCUGAUGUAUUUGGUAAUAAUUUUUGCCAGACUUGUGUUUAAUAAAUGUCAAAGUCAUAAGUCAAAACAUCUGAUUAGCCGGGUCCACACAGAGGGACCAUACGCGCGAGGCAAUUUCCUCGCGCAUAAACCGGCCAGUGUAGACGUGCCUCGGCCGAGGCGGCGCGCUCGGGCGAUGAAAACUACUGCUAUUCAAUUUUUUAUUGCUUGGCAGUUUAAAAUAUCAUGUUUACAGUGAAUAAUAUUGAUUGUUACUCUUAAACCUUCCCAGUAAUUUCAAAAAAUCUACGCUAAAUUAUAUCAGACAGGCCAUAUUACUGUUAUAAAUUGAAAUGAACAAGUGUGUUAGCUUUAAGGUUGUUUCUUGAAUUUCUCUGUGAUGAAACUACCAAUUUGUCGAUGUGAAACAUCAAAUACCUAAUGUUAUGAAAAAGUGUCAACGCUUGUUUUUGUAAUAAAUAUUUUUUCAAUGUA